AAUCAAACACACCGGAGUAUUCCAGAAGUGCGCUCUGCAGUAGCAGCUCCGGAUAGGAAACUAUCUAGAAAUUUGCAGAGCGCACUGUCUAGAUCUCCGAUCGAGUUGGAUUGGUUGUAGUUGCAUCUAAUUCGUCAGGUCGGGUACGUUGCAAUUCACAGCUAGCAAACCGGAAUCCAAUUUGACCAUCUUACCCGCGAGAAGCUCAAGCUCUUAUCGACAGAGUAUUGAGGAGUUCCCUCGGGUGAAACAGAAUCAGCGAGGAUGGAGAUUGGAAGUAGCAGCGAGAGCAGAGCCCCGAUCGAUGUCACAAGAUCCUUGAUCUUAGUCAUAGCUUUGUGUACAACACUCUUCAUGGUCACAGACUAUGCUACGAUGGCAGCCAAGUUCUGCUACGAGGUGUAUUCAGUGGUCACAAUUGAACGUAGGUAAAAUUUAGGUUGGCUGCACCAGUUUGAGUGGAAUGGCCUAUACCAAUCCUGCAGAUAACGACAGUAUUGCACACAAUGUUCCACUUCUUGAGGGCGUUCCAUAUUCCAAGAUUGUUAGUAUGCGAAGGACCCCAUGAGAAAGAAGCCGGUAUAAUGAAUGCGCAUUGCAUCUCCACUAUUUACAUUCUUCUCCAAAUUGAAUCAGGUAUCUAGCAUGACAGAGUUUAACUCGUUUGCUGAUAGUCUGAGUACAAGCUACUUCUAGAAAUUCUUCCGCCUGAUUCCGUCACUUAGGACCAUUGUAUUAUCUGAGUAUUAUGGAUUAAAAAAAUAUAUCGGCUGUCGA